AUGUUGGACACUGUCAUCAUCAAAGUGCUACGGGCUGUCCUGCCCGUGGUGACACCGCUACUCACACCCAAGCAACCUCCAGCGCCCAAACCAAAUGUGACGACUUACAUCCCAUCGCCUUUUGUUCCUGGCAAGAUUACGCGUAAGGAACAACGGCGUCGACUCAAGGCAGACAUCUACUGGCCAUCUGGUCACCCUGACGACAUUGCUUUGCCUAUCGUCAUCAAUCUUCACGGCUCAGGGUUUUGCUUCCACACCCACGGCGAGGAUGUCCGCUUCUGCUCGUACCUUGCUCAUUCUCUACCCGCGGUCGUCAUUGACGUCGAUUACUCGCACGCCCCAGAGAACCCCUGGCCCGCAGCUGUUGAAGAUGUCGAUUCAGCUAUUCAAUUCGCCCGACAUUUUGCAGACGAGAACCGCAAACAGCGUCUUCGUCACGGCGCUGUAGGAGCUACGGGCCACAAGGAAUGGCUCUGGGAUCCUCACCGAGUGGCGCUCGUCGGUUUCAGCUCGGGCGGUAAUCUUGCCCUGAUCGGUUCCACACGCUCUGAAAUCCAUGGCGGUGUGGCAGCUACUGUUGCUUUCUACCCUUCCACAAACCUUGACGAGGAUCCGUAUGCCAAGCCACAACUCAAGUCAUUGAGAGGUGCUGCUGGCGGCACUCUUCCACCAUGGCUGCGCAAGAUCCUGUAUAACUGUUACGUGCCUAUUGAAAGGGUAAAGGAUCGCAAACAGCCUCUCAUUUCGCCUCUUUACGCUAAUCCUGCUUCCUACCCGCCCUCUGUCACCAUUUUGACGGCAGAACAAGACUCGCUUGCCAGAGAAGGCCGCAAGCUAGCAGAUAAGCUUGAUGCAUCCUCCAAAUUCAAGGGAUCUGUCGUCCACUGGGAAGCACAAGGUCAAGGUCACAACUGGGACAAGAUGACCAAAUCAGGAUCCCAAUCCGAAAAACUCAAGCAUGAGGCGUACGCAUUGACGGUGCGACGAAUUCGUGACGCGUUUGCAAAAGUGGCCAUUGGCCACGAGGAUGUAGGCGAAUCGCUCGAUGAGACCGAUGAAGAGCCAAUGAGCACCAGCGUUGCACCGAGACCCUCCAAACUUGGUUUACGACGCUCUCUUUCCAGCUUCAGUACCGCUAGUACUCGAGCUGGCCAAAGUUCGCUCUCCCGCUCGGGCACACUCACGAGUCCCAAGCUUUAA